GUCCGACAAGGCAGGUGUGGGCGGCUGCGGGCGGCGCAGCAGACCUGCCGUGUAACCUCACCUCCCCCGUGUCCAGGGACUCCCCCCGCCUCGUCCUCUGGUACAAGCAGGGUGUCCACAAGCCAAUCUACAGCUACGACAUGAGGAACGGUCCAGCGACACACUGGAAGAGUCCGGACCACCUGGGGCUCCGCGCCACCUUCGAGGCGGCCAGGAACGCCCUCAACAUCCUGCGAGUGCAGACUCCCGACGAAGGCAUCUACCGCUGCAGGGUUGACUUCAGGAUCAACCCCACGCUCACCUUUAUCUCCAACCUCUCCGUUAUUGUGCCUCCCCGACGCCUGUUGGUCUACAUUGAUCCGGACACUGAAGUUCGCGGCGUAGUGGGGCCCUUCCUGGAGGGGGAGACGGUCACCCUCAACUGUCGGGCGGAGGGCGGGUCGCCGCCCCCGAGCGUCACCUGGUGGGAGGGCGCCGUGCUCCUGGACAUGACCUCGGAGGAGGAGACGUCCGAGCAGGUGACCAACACCCUGGUGGUGACCUCGCUAACGAGACGUGACCUCCACCGGCCGCUGACGUGUCAGGCCAGCAACACCAACCUCACCAGGCCGCUUCAGACCACCGUCACCAUCAACAUGAGCUUUCCUCCCCUGUGGGUGAGAAUCCUGGGGGACAGAGCGCCCCUCAGUGCCGGACGGCCGUACGACCUCCAGUGCCAAAUUGUAGGUGCCAAGCCUCCAGCUGCCGUCACCUGGCGCCUCCAAAACAGCGUACUUGGCGGCCAUAGAGACGAGGUCUCCCAGGAAGGCAACGUGACGUACAGCGAGUUAAGAUGGACACCCAGUGUGAAGGAUGCUGGCAAGGUGAUCUCCUGUCAGGCAGACUCUCCCGUGCUGGAGGCUGGCCCCAUGGUCGACGACUGGCGUCUUCAGAUAUAUUAUGUGCCUAUGACUAGACUUCGUCCAGGCCGCUCUCUCAACCUCAGCAAUAUAGAGGAGGGCGAUGACGUCUAUUUUGAGUGUUCCAUCAGAGCCAACCCUUGGGUCUACAAGAUCAGCUGGCUACACGAG